GGGAAAUUGAGACGAGCCAAACAGAGAAAAGAAUAACUCAGCCAUGACCAACAAGGCAGUCAGCCGCAGCGACAAUUUCAGUAGGAUUAUUUCUGCAGUCAGAUUCGAAAUAUCCCGCGCAAUGUGUGUCGGCGCUGUUUUUCUGUUCGGAGUAGCCGCGCCUUGGUGCUGCAGAGGACGCCGAAGUCGGAACUACGCGCGGAGGAACACCAGCCUUCGGAGCGCGCGCGCGCGCGUUGAAAGCUGCGAUCGAGCAGCCAUUUGCCAGCGACGGCACAUUCUUCUACCGUGGUUGAUGGUUCUCACUGCUUUGAACCCCCAAGACUCCACGGACUGCGGCUGCGGUCGUUUCAUUGCCAACUGUGAGGAUGAAGCAGCUUCAUGGCCGGAGAUCGGGCGCCUCCCAUCAGUUUCCCUUUUCAGCAAUAGAGGCCUUGGAGGCCUUUCUACCUGCGUUGCAUCCUGUGGCUGGACCACUCCAACGAUCUCGGCAGAAUCGUUACACAGGAAGAAGUCUGGCUGGCCCCAAGCCUGGUGCAAAAUGAAGAAAUGGCACUCCACAUCAAUUCAUGUUUACUUGUCAUAACCAGUCUGUUAGCUUAAUUUUUGGUUCUUCCUAUUGAAUUCUCAAGAAAGGUACCAACUCUGUCAUUCAUUGAAAACAAAUUUUUGCACUUGGGGAUGCAGCCAUACACAAAGCCUUUGAGCUCAUUAAUAUCUUUAUUUUUUAAAGAAAGUGCAGCUCCUGCGUGGAGCAAUAGGUUGAAUAAGACGAGGGUAAAUGAAAAGAUGGUGAAAUUAGUCAUCAACAGCUGUCCAACAAAGGAAGUCUCAAGCUGGAGGCAACAUCUUUGGAAGAGAACCAAAUGGCUCCAGCCUGAGACAUUCGUUGUUCAACCUGGCAAGUCUCCUUCUCGAAAUAUUUCCUCUAGCCUGAGACCUAUAUCCAUUCCACCACCCUUGACCAACAAUACACCUAUACAUUUGGCAACCCAUGGAAAGGUAGCAAAUUCACAUUCAAGGAAAGGGAAUGUAGUGUGCACCCUGGAAGGUAGCAUGAACAGUAUUUUAUUUACUUAAUGAAAUGCAGAUUUGCUAUCCAAUUACCUUAUUUUGAUCCCCGUUUUAUAAUUGGACAGCAUGGUUCCUCAGAGAGAAUAAUAAUUCGAAGCUCACACAAUUUUGCUCCUUCAUGUCCGUUAAAUCUGUCCGGGUUGCUACACUAUCAGCCCUGUCUGCAAUUGCAUAGCAGUGUUUUGAGCAUGCAUCCAAAUUCAAAAGAAUAGUUAGGCUUCUACCUCAGAAUGUUUGCUACUGUGUUGCAGCUCGAAUUCUAUGUUUAGGUGGUCACUGUGAUGCCAUGUGCUUUUUAAAUAAGACCAAUAUGCUAUUUGAAGGGCAAUUAAAUGCAAUCUCAAAUGACCUCAGCUCGGGGAAUGACACUAUUGGAGUUCAAUGUGAUAAGGAGGAUUUGAUUUCUGAAAACAAGGCACUUAAACGGGAGAAAGCAUGACUAAUUUCGUCUAAAGAUGCUGCUAUUGGAUAUGAUCAGCGAAGGUACUUGUUCGUGGCUGCAUUUGCAACAUGUUACAUUGCUGGCUUUAUAUAUUGCACUGGGUACAGUGAAAUGUUGCUGCUUGCACAAUAUUCAACUAAACAUGGUAGCCAUGCUAAUAUGUCCAUGCAGAACACAACUCAU